UGUCAGUAAGCUCCGCCUUCUGGCCGGUCUGCAGCUUCACACAAAUACAGUUGUGUUUCAUAAAAAUGCACUCAGAUGCGACAAAUUUUCAGCUGAACUCCCACUUGUCCACACUGGCCAGCGUCCACAAAAUCUACCACACACUGCACAGGCUGAACCUGACUGAGGACGUUGGUCCAGACACUCACUCCACAGCCUGCUACUCCAAAGCUAUGCCCCCCAGGAAAAAGAGGAGGCCCACUGCAGGAGAUGACGUGUCUGCCAAAAAAAGCCGACAGGACAAUGUGUUCAGAAAACAGGAGUCACAUAUUUGUGAGGCUGAGGCCUUUUCCAGUAAGAGAUGUCUGGAGUGGUUUUAUGAGUAUGCUGGUUGUGAUGAUGUGGUUGGACCAGAAGGCAUGGAGAAAUUCUGUGAGGAUAUAGGAGUAGAACCAGAGAAUGUGGUGAUGCUGGUAUUGGCCUGGAAACUAAAUGCCCAAAGUAUGGGCUACUUUACCUUGCAGGAGUGGCUUAAAGGAAUGGGCUCACUGCAAUGUGACUCGACUGAAAAACUCAGGAACUCUUUAGACUACCUGAGGUCUAUCCUCAACGAUGCUACCAGUUUCAAGCUCAUUUACCGAUAUGCCUUUGACUUUGCUCGGGAGAAAGAUCAGAGGAGUUUAGAUUUAAAUACUGCCAAGUGCAUGCUGGGACUUUUACUAGGGAAGAUCUGGCCGCUUUUUCCUGUGUUUAAUCAGUUUUUAGAGCAAUCCAAGUACAAAGUAGUAAAUAAAGACCAGUGGUGCAAUGUUCUAGAAUUCAGUAGGACCAUCAAUCUGGAUCUUAGCAACUAUGAUGAAGAUGGGGCCUGGCCAGUUUUGUUGGAUGAGUUUGUGGAAUGGUACAAAGACCGAGAGAUGUCAUAGCAACAACUUCAUUGCCUCUGCCAUCAACAACAACUAGAAACUAUUCAACAGGCAACAUGGUACCAGUGACAGAAAUGACUCGGUUAAAAGGUCCACAACAAUCAAAACAACCCAUACCAACCAGGACACACCGUAGAUGUCCUGCCAAAAACUGUGUGCAACUGAGUCAAGUGUGAGUGUGAUUCACUGUGUAACGGUUUACAUAUUGCCUUUCACUGAGGGUUAUAUGUGUGUCGUCACUGUUGAGAAGUAGGCGAAACAGAAUGUCAGCCCAAAACCCACACCGGAGGUCUUGACUGACCUGCACUUCAGCAUGGGAAAGCACACAGCCUAGCUCUGUGCCGCUCCUUUCUACCCUACUGUGACGUCCCAUCCAACUGUGAAUAGUGUUUAAACCCCAUGUGGUAGGAUCACUUAAACACACUGUUGUGUCAUGUAUACAUGGGCCAUACAUAAAGUCUAGAAACAUACCAAAAUUACUCGUAAUACUGAAGUGGCAUCUAUCAAAAUAUACUUAGAUCUAAUCUUUAGAAGUUUCAGAUCUGAGUGGAAAUUGUCACUAUCACCUAUUACAUUUUAAUGUAACCUAUCUUUUUACUAAAUACUGUU